AUGUUCGUGUAUAAUGAUAAUGCGAUGGACCAACAGAAUCGGGAAGAUAUCACGCGACCUAUUCAGUCUGCAGUAGAUCCCGGUAGAGAUACUGCAAUAUGUGGAGAGACGGAGUUGAUUGAAAGAAGAUUAGUAGCAGCUACAGAGGUAGAAAUAAAUGCGCUCACGGAUGAGAGAAAUGAACUAGAUAAUAUCACCCGGAGUGGAACAGUAAACGGCCUAAAUGAUAAUAA